AUGUCUGUUCAACUUUGGGAAACCUUAAAAGAAUCUAUCACAGAACUCUCUGCGGCUCCGGCUACUUUCUUUACAGUUGUUGCUGUGGGACUUGUUCUAUACUACGUAUUCUCAAGUCUCUUCUGGUCAUUUGGUAAUGCCCACUUCCAGCAGACGUCAGAUGAGAAAAUGCGGCCUCUGCGCCCUCCUGUUCAGCUCGGUGAAAUCACCGAGGAGGAGUUGAAACAGUAUGAUGGGUCUGAUUUUGAGAAGCCGUUGCUCAUGGCUAUCAAGGGUCAGAUCUACGAUGUUUCACGAAGCAGGAUGUUUUAUGGUCCUGGUGGACCUUAUGCCCUGUUUGCGGGGAAGGAUGCUAGUCGAGCUCUAGCAAAGAUGUCUUUUGAUGAAAAAGAUCUCAACGGUGAUCUUACUGGUCUAGGCUUUUUUGAGCUCGAUGCCUUGCAGGAUUGGGAAUACAAGUUCAUCACCAAAUAUGUGAAGGUAGGAACUAUUAAGAAAACUGAGCCGGCAAGUGAUGGAGAAACCACAGAUCAAGCAAAAGGCGGUGCUGAACAUGACGCUGCUAGGUCGACAGAAGCUGCCAAUGAGGAUGUUAGUAAUUCUGCUGAAGAUGUUCCAUCAGAGAGUGCUGCAAAGGAACCUGUGGAAAUGUGA